GAAGCAUUAAAGUUAUAUAGAGGAAAGCUAACAAGUUAUGAGCAGGGAGAAAUUUUAGAUUUUCCUGAAAUUUGGUUUCUGGGUUUAGAAGCUAAUAAGAUAGAAGCUGUUAAUGGUAGUGCUCAAAAUAGUGGUUAUGAUGAUGAAAAUGGCUCAUAUCUUAAGGGAAUGCAUGAUCAUCUUGUAUAUAGAUAUGAAAUAUUGGAAGUGUUGGGAAAAGGAUCGUUUGGUCAAGUUGUCAAAUGUUUUGAUCAUAAAACAGAUAAGAUGUUAGCUAUCAAGAUCAUUAGGAAUAAAAAGAGGUUUCACCAUCAAGCUCUGGUAGAAGUAAAGAUAUUAGAUGCUUUAAGAAGAAAAGAUAAAGACAAUCAGUAUAAUAUUAUACAUAUGUUUGAAUAUUUCUACUUUAGAAAUCAUUUAUGUAUCGUCUUUGAAUUAAUGGGAAUGAAUUUAUAUGAGUUGAUUAAGAAGAAUAAUUUCCAGGGUUUUAGUAUUGCAUUGAUUAGACGUUUUGCAUUCUCUUUGUUACAAUGUUUAAAAGUUUUAUACAGAGAGAAAAUCAUUCAUUGUGAUUUAAAACCAGAAAAUAUUUUGUUACGACAGAGAGGUCAAAGUUCAAUUAAAGUUAUUGAUUUUGGUUCUAGUUGUUAUGAACAUCAACGAGUGUAUACUUAUAUACAGUCACGAUUCUAUCGUUCACCAGAAGUUAUCUUAGGCUUACCCUAUUCUAUGCCUAUUGAUAUGUGGAGUUUUGGGUGUAUUUUAGCAGAACUUUACUCGGGUUAUCCUCUCUUUCCUGGUGAAAAUGAAGUAGAACAGUUAGCAUGUAUUAUGGAAGUUCUCAAUCCACCUCCACAAAAUAUUCUAGAUGCUGCAACACGUAGACGCCUGUUUUUCGACUCUAAAGGCAAUCCAAGAUGUAUAACUAACAGUAAAGGCAAAAAACGCCGAGUUGGUUCUCGAGAAUUACAUCAAGCUAUUAAAACAAGUGAUGUCACUUUUCUUGAUUUUAUUAAGAAAUGUUUAGAAUGGGAUCCAGCAUUAAGAAUGACACCAGAUGAAGCUUUACAACAUGAUUGGAUUAAAGAAGGUUUAGUUCCUAAAAAAGAUAAAUCAAAAUCUCAUACCAAACGGUAUUCUACACCCACAACAACACAAGAUCCUUAUAAAAACCCUGCUCAACCACCAACUAAAGGUUUGCUUUUAAUAGAGACAAAUUUCACCCAAUGUCCCUUUGUCUUUGAAUAA